UGGUUUUUUGCACAUUUCGCAGGGGAAAAGUUGUGAGAUCUUGUUACUGGUGCGUGGGCUGUGGGGUGCUCGCGGGAGGUUCGGGGUUGGCAGCGUGGGAGCGCGAACCCGAGUGUGCAGCUCGUUAUAACGUCCGUGAAAAGGCGAGUGUCACCCGCGAGCGGGUCGCCCCGGGGGGAGGUGGGAAAGAGCCGUGCCAAGGCAGGCGCUGCUUCUGCAUCGCCCUGGAACCGAGCCGGGUGUCCCACGUCCCGUGUGGGUGCGGGACCUCGUCUCUGUUGUGGGCACACGGUCGGGAGGUCCCUUGGGUGCAAGGACUCGGCUGUGGCUCAGAUCUGCCCUGAUCUCCUUGAAUGUACAUUCAUCUCCUCCAGCGUCUCAGGCAACGAACGAACAGCCGCUCACUAUCAGUGACUCUUGUACGGCCAUCCUGGGAGGGGUGAGCUGAAAAUUCCUGGGUAGAAGGGACGAGUGUCCCUUGUCCUUGUCUGUGCCUCCCUGGAGCCUGGGUUUUGGGGCUUGGAGCUUAGCACUGUUGCAGUCCAUAGUGUUUAGAAACAGGGCAGACCUCUGUUCUCUGUGUGCCCAGCCGGAGAGGGAGAUGACGACGCUAACGCACCGAGGACGGCGUGCUGAGGCAGGAAGGAACUUGGACAAGAAGCCUGACAGUGAGGAAGAUGCGCCUGCGGACAGAGACCUGAAUGACGAUGAUCCCGGCGACUUCAAAGAUAUCCGCCUCACGCUCAUGGAGGAGGUGUUGCUCCUGGGGCUGAAGGACAAGGAGGGCUACACCUCCUUCUGGAAUGACUGCAUCUCUUCAGGCCUGCGAGGUGGUAUCCUCAUUGAGCUGGCUCUGCGUGGCCGGAUCCGCCUGGAGCCGCUCUCCAUCAGGAAGAAGAGACUGCUGGAGAGGAAGGUGCUCUUGAAGUCAGACGCGCCAACUGGUGAUGUCUUGCUGGAUGAGACCCUCCGACACAUCAAGGCCACGGAGUCUGCAGAAACGGUGCAGACCUGGAUAGAGCUGCUCACUGGGGAGACCUGGAACCCCUUCAAGCUGCAGUACCAGCUGAGGAACGUGCGUGAGCGCAUCGCCAAGGCGCUGGUGGAGAAGGGCAUCCUCACCACGGAGAAGCAGAACUUCCUGCUCUUCGACAUGACCACCCACCCUGUCAGCAACGCCACCGAGAAGCAGCGCUUGGUGAAGAAGCUCCAGGAGAGCAUGCUGGAGCGGUGGGUGAACGACCCCCACCGCAUGGAACGCAGGACUCUGGCUCUCCUCGUGUUGGCCCACUCCUCAGAUGUACUGGAGAACGUUUUUGCCAGCCUGGCAGAUGACAAGUACAAUGUGGCAAUGAACAGGACCAAGGACCUCCUCGAUAUGGACCCUGAGGUGGAAGCUGCCAAAGCCAGGGGCGCAGAGAUGAUCUGGGCUGUCCUGGCAGCCUUCAAUAAGUCCUAAAAAGCCCCUGAACCCCCCAAACCAGCUGGGUGGCCUCACCCUCUCGAUGUGAAGCCAGGUGUAUAGGGGCAUGGAGUUCCUGCAGCAGCGGGUGGGCUCAGGUUGGGGGGACCAGGAGGUUUUGCUCUCCCCCCCGGGCAGGGGUGGGAGAGUGAGAGCCCACGUGUGUGGGCAGGUCUCGCACUCCUCCAAAAACUGGUGCCUCUGGGGAGAGGUGGCCGUGCUUCUUUGCUCCCCUUCCAGUGCUCCUUGCCCAUAGGCUUCCUUCUCAGGCCAGUGCAGAGCUGGGAGGUGGCAGAGCUCAGCUCUGCCUCUGCAUGCAGGAAUCAAGCCACUCAGAUGGGCCAAACCCCAGCAGAAAUGGGGCUGUGGAGCGGCCUGUGCUCCCUGUGCACAGGCUUGUGUGGCUAUCUCUAUGGCUCCCUGUUCCACACACAGGUCUUGCCUCUGAGCUGCCCGGGCAGCACAGAUUCCCCUAUGGAGCAUGCUGACGUCCUCGUGGUACAUGGUAUGGCCAGGGGAGCAGGCAGGGGUCUGGUUCAGAGGGUUCUGGCAGCUGGGACCACCCCAUGCUGGGCUGGCA